AUGGUCUUGCGAACGGUUUCGCAAAUCCUCCUUUUUCUCUUAACUUCAUGCGCUGGUACCAGCGCUAUAGGCCAGAGUACCUGCGUAUACUUCGACCAAAGUUCCUCUAAUUCCUCCUCCUUUUCCAUUGUCUCUGACGGUCAAGCUGUUCCCGUGUUCCUCUCGUCUGAUGACUGGGGUGGUGUUCAGCUCGCCUCUCUGAGUUUCGUCAGCGACAUCCAAAAGGUCACCGGAGCCACUCCGAGCAUCGCUAAUGCUACUACAUCAUCGUUCUCGAAUGGCACCAACAGCUUCGCCACCAUACCACCAAUCAUCAUCGGAACACUCGGCCAGUCCUCACUCAUCUCUGCCAUCGUCAAUCAUACGAAUAUGGACGUAUCUUCGAUCGAUGGACAAUGGGAGGCGUUCAUGACCAUGGUGGUCGACAACCCUCUGCCUGGGCUCUCGAAAGCGUAUGUGAUGAUCGGGUCGGACAAACGGGGGACAAUAUAUGCGCUCUACGACCACUCAGAACAGUUUGGUGUUUCUCCGUGGUAUUGGUGGGCCGAUGUCCCAGUGACUCGACACUCCGAGCUCUUCGUCGUUCCGUCGGGUUGCUCUCACAGUGGCCCCACAGUCAAGUACCGCGGCCUGUUCCUCAACGACGAGCAGCCCGCCCUCCAGAACUGGGCGGCAGACAAAUUCACCAAUGGAACAGGGGCUCUACUUACUGGGUCACCUUUCAACCAUUCCUUCUAUACGAACUUGUUUGAUCUGCUGCUGAGGCUGAAGGCGAAUUACCUCUGGCCCGCUCAAUGGAGCAGUGCAUUCUGCGUAGACGACCCUCAAAAUCAAUUUCUUGCAGAUUACUAUGGUAUAGUCAUGGGUACAAGCCACGAAGAGCCCAUGCAGCGCAGCAUUCCUGUCGAGUGGUCUCUUUUCGGCAAUGGGACAGCUUGGGACUACGCGACGAACUCGCAGAACAUCUACAACUUCUGGGUUGAAGGCGUCGAACGGGCAAAGCCAUUCGAGACCCUAUAUACUAUUGGAAUGCGUGGCGACGGCGAUUUGCCACUCGGAACGUCUACGAAUGUGCAGCUGUUGGAGAAGAUAGUCUCGGACCAGAGGGGCAUCUUCCAGGAUGUGUACGGAAAUGACACAAACGUGGCAACCAUUCCGCAAAUGUGGUGUCUCUAUCAGGAGGUCCAAGGAUACUAUGAGGAUGGUAUGACCGUACCUGACGACGUUACACUCCUCUGGACUGACGAUACCUGGGGAAAUGUACGUAGGUACCCUGUGCCGAGCGAGAGGAACAGAACGGGUGGCGCUGGAGUGUACUACCAUUAUGACCUUGUCGGACCUCCUCGAGACUACAAGUGGAUCCAGAGUACCCAGAUUUCCAAGGUCUACGAACAGCUUUCUCUCGCCGUCGACCGCGAGGCCACCCGCAUCUGGAUUCUCAACGUCGGAGACCUCAAACCCUACGAGAUGUCCAUCGAAUUUUUCAUGACCCUCGCUUGGAACUCCUCUGUCUGGAACCUCAACAAUCUCAAUACUUUCGUCUCUUCUUGGGCCACACGGGAAUUUAGUCUGAACCCGGAGGAUGCGGACGAAGUGGCCCAAAUAUCGGCGAAUAUGACGAUGGCGCUGGCUAGGAUCAAGCCCGAGUUGAUCAAUUCGACGACAUUCAGUCUCAUCAACUAUAGAGAAGCUGAAACGAUCUUGGGCGCAUGGACCGCCAUGAACGAAUCCGCCUCCCGCAUCUACAACUCCCUCCCGUCUGAGGCCCAGCCUUCCUUCUUCCAACUUCUCUAUCACCCCGUACAAGCUGGCUUCACACUCACGAACAUGUGGAUCUCCGCCGGCGUCAACAACAUGAGGGCGAUGCAGGCUAGGCUAAGCGCGAAUAAAUAUGCGGACACAGUGGAGAACCUGUUUGAGGUAGACUAUGACUUGGAGGAGUGGUACCAUGGAUUGUUGGAUGGGAAAUGGGACCAGAUGAUGGCGCAAACCCACACCGACUACAGCUACUGGCAGGAACCGACGCAGAACAUGAUGCCUCCUGUUUUGAGAGUCUCCUCUCGAAAACCAAAUAUCGCCGGCGCAAUGCGCAUAACACCAGAAGGGACGAUGGGUACCUGGCCCGGUGACUCGCCCUAUCAGUGUGCUCAAGGUUAUAGUUGUCCAGAACCGAGUAUCACCAUAACUCGCUUCACUCCCUUUGGCAACAAAUUCGUCGACAUCAGCAUGGGAGGAUCCAUACCUUUCACUUUCAUCGUCACCUCUAACGCAUCCUGGCUGUCCAUCUCUUCCUCCCCUCCAACAUCCACUAACAACUCAUCAGACGCAAGCCCUGUUGGAAGCUCAUUCAGUGGCAACAUAUCGACAGACAAUAUGGAGCAGAGAGUAUUUUUGAAUGUGGAUUGGAGUGGUGUAGAAGAAGGAAGCACGGAAAAUGUGACGGUCUGGUUCAAUGCCGCGACGCCGGAGGAAACGCCGGGUUUUCUGAGCCCCACAAGCCAGGUCAUGCUGACGGUGACGGCGAACAAUACGAUGCCGGCUGAUAAUUUUACUGGCUUUGUGGAAGGUGACGGUGCGAUUUCCAUCGAAGCCGCCCAUGCAACGAGCAACACUACCGUCGGUGAAGUGGCGUGGACUGAGAUUCCGAACUAUGGCAGGACGCUGAGUGGAGUCACACCAUGGCCUAGGUUAGGGAACAACGAGACAAACUACACGGCGGGUACCGGGCCAAGCCUGAAAUACUCCUUUUACACCUUCAAUUCCAUCGACCAAUCCGGAAAUAUCUCCGUCGUGCUCAACCUCUCCCCCUCUCUCAACGCCAACGGCGACGACCGCCCUCUCGCUAUCGCCACCCAGAUCGAUUCUCAGACCCCGAGGACUUAUUACCCCAUCCCCGCUGCAGCACCAGGCGGUGAACCUCCGGAUUGGCAAGGCUGGGUGGCGAAUGCUUUGGUGCAGGUGGGAGGGGACGAGUUUUGGGAGGGUGUGUGGCCGGGGGCGCAUACGCUGACGGUGUGGAUGAUCGAGCCGGCGGUGGUCCUGCAGAAAAUACUGAUCGAUACGGGAGGCUUGCAGCCGAGUUAUUUAGGACCGCCGGAGAGUAUUCUCGUCUGA